ACAACAUGGCAGGAUAUUUUUUCAGUGCCUUGCUGCUUAUCUUGGUUCUGAGAUUUGAGCAGGGAUCCUCUUCUGUUUUGAACGACCCAGACCGGUUAGAAGGAGACACCUAUACCACAGCAGACGUGGCGGAUGACCUUGCCGAGCUGAAUGAUCUGGAAAUGGAACAGUUGCAAGACAGCGUGUCGGCCAACGUCUGCAAAGACAUCAGAGAUGAAUUCAAAGACGUGGCGAAAAAGUCCAUGGCUGAAGCCGAAAAGGAAAAACCUGAUAGCAUGAUAUUUUGGAGACAGGUAGCGGUUAGACGAAGUCUGAGAAGAAGCUUUCAGAUACUACAACAUGGUAAAAGAUCAAAGGUGGACAACUCGAUAGCGGUGAGGGCAUUACGGAAUGAAGCUUGUGCCAAGCAUGCCAUACAAGACAUCUGUGAGACGACGAAGGUUUUGGACCUUUUAAACAUACCUUUGAAUACAAGAAAGUAAGUGUUUCCAAAAGCAGGACACAAAAAUGACGUUCAGAGUUCAGUUACUUAAACUUACAUUUUCAAAAAUAUCAAAUUUAAAACCUUAAAAUGCGCGCAAGUUAUUUAGAAAAAUGUAUUUCAGUAAAAAAGUUGAUGAUCUUUCCAGAUGUCAUGAUCUCCAUUAAGCAGCAACUCCUUAGCGACCUUGCUGCACCAAACAGCUCAACCGAACUCGAACCGAAUUAGACUCCACUCAGUACAAUUACUAUUGCUAAAACCUUUUCAAUGAUAUAAAGUUUGGGGUGGUUUCUUAAAAAGAAGCGCGCGCACGAAUUUUUUCUUUUGUUUCAGCUCUUUAAGACACCCGCGAAGGAUUGGAUUAACCUUAAUUCCUCAAUUUUUCUUUGAACGAAAAUCUGAACUCUUUCUCUCCAAAACAUAUUUUACUCUAGAACUUACGCCUACCCUUUCUUUAGACCGUAAUUUGUUGAGCCAAAGCUGCCAAAGUCAAUUCUAGCCAGGGUACCUCAACCUUGCUAAUACUUUCAUUGUCCUUUAAAAUUACUGACGCGUUUCUUUUUUCCUUUAUAGCAUUCCAAAUUUGUAAUAGCAUUUGAAUUUUCAACGGAACUCUGUUAAUAAACAAGUUAUGUUUACUUUUUUCCUUCAGGUACUGGAGAAGAAGGAUAUGCAGGAGAAAGGUUCUUAAAUGUUUAGAACACGAACCGUUAGGGAACAUAAAGUGUCCACAUAAGUCUGAGGAGAAAGCCCGUUUUAGAACAAUUGAUGGAACUUGCAAUAACGUGAAUCAACCCCUUUUUGGAGCAGCUGGUACUCCAUUCAUACGAGUACAACCAGCUGAUUAUGCAGAUGAGAUCUCGGCACCUCGCGUGGCAGAAAAUGAAGACCAGUUACCCAACGCGAGAAACGUGAGUCGUUUCGUUCACGGCAGCAAUGCAAACCGCCAAAACCCUAAUUCUCCAAGGCUGACUCACUUAGCAAUGAAUUGGGGUCAGUUCCUGGACCAUGACUUAACGCUGGCAGGAGAACAACAUGUUACCUGUGAAACCUUUCCCUCUAAUGAGUCAGAGUGUUUCAACGUUGAAGUUCCGGCCGAUGAUGACGUCUUCCAGAGCAGGGGUGUUACAUUCUUCGAGCUGAUUCGAGAUGCUCCCUUUGAAUUUAAGCUAGAGUGUUCACCAGGACCAAGAGAGCACAUCAACACGAUAACAGCUUUCAUCGACGCCUCCAACGUUUACGGCUCCGACGAGGAGGAGGCUGAACACCUUCGAGCACCCGACGGGACAAUGAGAAUUAUGACAGCUCGUCACGGCUGCCCCUUGGGGGAUCUUUUACCUGCACAAACAGAUCCUGAGAUACCGUGCGUAUCAAAAGAUCCUAACAGACCUUGUUUCGUAGCCGGAGACGAGCGCACGAACGAGAAUCAAGGUGAGAUCACCAAAUCCCUUCAUUCGAUUCUCUGAUUAAGACAAAAAGACCGUAGUAUAGCGACCUUUUUCAAAGACAUGUCUAACGUAUUCAUAUCGAAUAUUUACAAUAAAACUAUAAAAUAUUGUUACUUCUACACAUGUAGACCACGCAUUGUCAAAGUUUCAAGGUGUGAAGGCUUAUACACAGACUUCCCUUUUAAAACGUGACUGAAAUGUGGGAAUUGCACACGAGCUCUGUUUAACCCCUUUGGUCCCAAGAUCUCAACACUAUUGCUUCUGAAUGUCAACCAUACCUUAUGUCGCGAGGAGAAAGUGCUUUUCGGUCAUUUCAGGUCGUGAAAUAACUCAUACUCGACAAGCAAUAAAGAGAGUGUCCUGCGUGGGCAUUUUUCGGACAUCCUCCAGUCGCAAGCCCUUCCAUCUCCUCCUAUGUUAAAUAGCUAUUUUAUCUUCUUGCUAAUGCUAUAUAUUUCCUGGAUACAACAGGUCUCAUGUCAAUGCACACUCUCUUCGUCCGGGAGCAUAACCGAAUAGCAGCCUUUUUUGAUGAAAACACAGAAUGGGAAGCGGAGCAGAUUUACCAGGAGACUAGGAGAAUCGUUGGGGCAGAAUUACAAUUCAUUACAUACAAAGAAGAUCUGCCACUGCUUCUUAGCCCCAAAACGGUAAGUAACUGUUUUAAUCUCUGUUUUUUUUUUCUAAUUCCAAACCGACUUCUUUUCUUCAUUUUUUAGAUCAGAGACAACAAUCUCGCUCUGCUGAAAGGAACACAGUAUUUCAAUGGUUACAACCCUAAUGUCAAUGCUCAAAUGUCUCAAGCCUUCUCUGCGGCGGCUUACCGAUUUGGGCACAGUUUGGUUCAAGAGGAGUUUCUACGUUUAAGUCAGCAUAGCUUUGAACACAAAUGUAACAAUGAUUCUAAGUCAGAGUUCUAUCCCAUCCCGGUAAAGGACUUCGGUAAUCCAACCUACUUAUACGAUAAGUGUAACGGGGGUGUCGAUUCCAUUUUUAGAGGCUUGGUUAAAAGUCCAGCAGCCAAAAUUGAUGGGUGAGUAAGUAGGAGAUGAAUUUUUGAUAGAACAGUUUUGUACGUAUCUCUUGCCUGGAAGAAGCAAGCCAAUCGAUACGUUUUCAUCCGAAGGGGGAAGGGAGGAGUUAUUAGGCGAAAGAGGAAAAGUGGUGGUUGUGCGAAAACCAAAACAGUUAAUUUCACGAAACAUCGAACGAAAUAUCAUUUUACCUAAAUACUUCUGAUUCAAACUUUUUACCUCGAGAAAUUUAAACUCCGUGCUAGAAUAUUUGCUGGAAAAAUAUUUCCUAUCAGGUAACUUAGAAUGAAACGUAACUGCCAAAAAGUAAUAAAUAAGGUUCUUGAAAAUUCCUAUUUUUAUAAAUAUUAAUUAUGAGUAGGAUUAUCAGUUACUCGAUACACGAUAUUGAUUUGCAUACGAUUGAUCCUUGGGUUGGCCUGAUUCUCUCCCCAGGCUCUUCUCCAAGUCUAUACAAGAAAACUUGUUUCGAGGCCCCGGUGACUUGUCCGACCUCGUAUCCCUGAACAUCCAAAGAGGACGCGAACGUGGUGUGCCUUCAUACACCACAUAUCGAAACACGUUUUGUAAAAUUACGCCUAUGGUAAACAGCUUCGAAGAUCUAAAAAAGGCCGGCAUUACCCAAAAAGAUAUAGAUAAUUUGAAGUCCCAGUACCAGUCAGUCCACGACGUCGAUCUUUUUGUGGGAGGUAUGUCUACGCCAGCUCAGCGUAAUGCUGCCAUUCAGCAAAUUUCGAUUGAAUGUUGUAAAACCAUAUCACAAGGAGCCAAUGAGGAGUGCAAGAAAAAGCAAGCAAACUGCCUCAAGCGCGGGAAACGCGAGUUAUCAGUCCGUCUUUGGUUUAACUUUUUGAUCCUCGUUGAUUUGUUUUAUAGUGACUCGAUUUUAUGGACCAAUAACAGAGCAAAGUAAAGAAAAACCAAAGCAAUCUUGAAUUGUUUUCGACGUUUGAUUGAAUAUUGCUUUACAAUUUUUUAAUUUAAUCAGAUGAGUAGGAGGUCGAGAUAUUUGCCUAUUUGAGAUAAGUUCUUUUCCUUGCGUUUUUGGGGAUCGAGACUGAAUUUCUUGACUGAAAGUUAACGGCAAGCUUGGUUGAGGACGGAUCUAUUCCUUUGAAAUUUUUCCUAUAAUUUCAUUACAUUUUCCAAAGAUUUCUUUUGUUUCAACUGUCCGAAGACGAGUUCAUGACUUUCUUAGCUUGUUACCACAAUGCGGCAAAAUCUUUUAACUUAUUUGAACCAAGUACAAGCUCUUUUUCUCCUUUGGCGGGAUCAAAGCGGAUGUUCCCGAACCAUACCCACUCGUGAAGCCGAUCAUAACGAAGGAUUAGCUUUAUCAUGCCUACUCCAGGACCCACUCAUUAACGAAGAAAAAAAAAGCUGGGCACUACGGAACAUCUGUAUUUCACUUUCGUUCAGCCUACACAAGUAAAAUAAUUACGCUCAGGGGAAGAAGGUUUAAAAUAGCGUUUGUGGUAAUAAUUUCUUUUUUGUUAUGAUUCUUCACAGGAAUGUUGGAGCCGGCAGAUUCAGAGGGAGGAGCACUAGGAAAAACCUUUCAAUGUUUAUUAGCUGACCAGUUCAAACGCCUACGAGAGGGUGACCGCUUCUGGCAUGAAAACGCGCCAAACCGAAUAAAGAACACUGAUAAAACAGCUUUUACGCGAUGCCAACUGCAAGAAAUAAGAAAGGUUACAUUGGCCAAGAUAAUCUGCGACAAUGCUGAGAACAUACCUUCUAUCCCCAGGAGGGUAUUGCAACAGUCAAAGACAUUCGUCGAUUGUAAUAAGCUGCCCAAAAUGAACCUGGAUGUGUUUACACCAAAUUUCAGAUGUCCGUGGCACAUAAGGUAUGUUUGCAAGUAUCAUUGAUGUGAAAGCAACUUCACCUUAAUUCCUCUCAACUUUGAUUAACUGUUAUUUGACUGUUUUGUUUUCCGACAGAGCCUGGGGUGACUCCCCAGACCUUGAGGAUGAGGGUGACGAUGGAUUGACUGAGUAAUUCGUCCACGAACAUGGAAUAAUUCAUCAGCCUCUUGACUCCGACUCGAAGAUUUGUACCUUUUUUUAGAAAAUAGUUUAAACAACUAAAAUUCUUAAAUGGAGUAGGAGAACUUUCAGCGAGAUAGCUUGUUUAUCAAAUGUAACCUUUCUUUGUAACUGGCUCUGCUAUUUUCAAACUUACAGGGCAUGGCGCCCUUAUUAUUGCUAUUCGUAGCCCGCAAGAUGUUGCCAUUGGUGUAUCUGACAGGCAAUAAGCUGAUCUUGCUCUUGUUGUUUUUUAGUUUUAUGUAAGGAGGUUCCAUGUGUAAUUUUAACAAGGCUAUCCAGAUCAUCAAUUUUGGAUGCUAGCCACAUUUCGCCUCAGACAUUAGUGCAGUAAAGUUAACUUCAGUGAUGCAUCAAUUAAUGUCUCGUUAUUGACUAUCAACUUACAUGCGAAGAGGAUCACUUUUCGAGUAUCAGCCCUGGAGUCUAAGUUCAAGAAGAUUUAUGAACCAUCUUUCUUGGUUGCUUAAUCCAUUACACAAAAACAUUAGUACGCAUAUUCUCCAUACUGUUCUUGGUAUAUCUUCUAAGGUGCUGAGAAGGAGAAUAUUUUUAACAAUUAAAAACUUGUUUAGCUGACGAUCAUUUCCUUUAUUCUCGUGACCCUAAUGAAUGGGAAGAUAUUGUGCGGAGAAAUUGGAUGCUAGUCACUCUUAAAAUUAAGUGUCAAUACUCUGCGUGAACUGAACUAUCCGCCUCCUACGGUAUCGCCGGAAGCAUCUUGUUGAAAAGCGAUUUUCUGUUCAUUGGAAAACUUGAUAAAAUUAACGAAGAGAAAGGCUUAUGAUUGCUCACUGGAUUAAGUAGGUAGUCGGGAAUACAACUGUAGAGUUAACCCUUAACUUGUUGUAGCGUUUAGUCACUUUGCCACAUGUGCAACCUCGAGACAGUUGAAUUUCACUUCGAUCCCCUUCAAACAUCAGUUAAGUACAGUUGAUUG